AUGGUUGGUACCAUUAAAGACGCACAAAUUGUGACGAAUGCUCCUUCGGAUUGGCUAAUGAAUCAAUACACUUGGUCUCAAUGCUUAUGUUAUUCGCUGGCAAAUUCCUCAAUUGUUGCUCUGAACUUCUAUACGUUGAAUUCAACUUGUCAAUUAUUCACUAAUGUCUCGUCAUAUCCAUUUCAAAUUGUGAAAAAUUCAAACGUUACAACAUAUUUGCUCAAACAACUGACACGUUAUGCUCCUUGUUGUUCAAAUAUAUCGUGGUUAAUGACACAGAUUCAAUCGGCUGCGAAGACAUUGUCCAUGCCUUCGAUUACAAGUCUUGCUCUGGAUAGUAUUAAUCAGAGAUUAGGUGUUGUGGCUUCCGCAGUUCUUCGUAGUGUAUCUCUCGAUUCUUUUGCUCUUCUGAAUGUGAGUGUUGGUUUAGCAGCGAAUUCGCAAACGAUUAGUUACUCUCAAGGUCUUUUCUAUACCGGUGUCUAUCCUGUCACCGCUCCAUUUGCAUUUACUAUUUAUUCGGGACAGAAUUUUUCUAAAAUUGGCAGCAUGAAUUUUACUGGAGGUGGACCCCAGCGUAUUAUUUGGCUUUUCAAUGACACACUCGUUUGUGUUCUGCUACAAACAAAUCCAUCGACGAUUUCAAAAGCAAAUUUCUACAAUUGGCCAUCCGGAACACUGGUUCAGUCAAUUACACUUUCAAUAACAAAUGCGUAUGGACUAGGCAAAGCACCGAAUAACGAUACUUUUGUUUAUAUUACCGAUGGAUCAACGGGUGGGGAUGUCUGGCAAUUAAGAACAUCAGCUCCUUACAACUUCACGCUGUUUGCUUUGACUACGAAUGCCACCGAAACACCUGCAUCAGUUACAGUUGAUGGAUGCAAUCGUGUUUGGGUUGUAUAUGCUAAAUUUGGCGUGAGAAUUUAUGAUCUUAACUCACGAGCUUUGUUAAUGUCAUGGAAGUUGUUUCCGACCUAUCCACUAUUGUAUGAUCUUGUGCUGUCUGAUCAAUAUCAACUCUAUCUAGCUGAUUACAGUACGGGUAAAUUGGCACGGUAUGGUUCGGGAAUCCAAUGUACAGCUUAA